GCCUUUGUAACUUGGCAUUAUGCAUCCUGAUCCAGUACUUUCACACGAACUGCUUUUUCUUACAGUUUUCCUCUCAACUGCAGCUUCAGAGUUGAUUCCUCACUUUAUUUCUGAACCUCUUUCUACCAUCCAGAAGCCAGGAGCAACUAUAACACUUUACUGUUCCACUGAACCCUCUACAGCUCAUCUCUCUUGGAUAUUCAAUGGAGAGAAAUUGCAUAAGAAAACAGAGCAAGUAGACCCACAGCCAGGAUCCCUUACCAUUUUCUCUCUUAGUCCUUCAAAUUCGGGAACCUACCAGUGUGUUGCUAAUACCAGUAUUGGUGCAAUAAUCAGCAGGCCUGCAACUGUGUCUGUAGCAUAUCUUGAUGAUUUUGAAUCUUCAUGGAGAAACACAAUUUCAGUGGAAGAAGGGAAUACUGCUUUAAUAGGUUGCAAGCUACCAAAAAGCAGUCCAAAAGCACAGGUUCGCUUCCGUGUCCGGGGAAAAUGGCUGGAACAAUCAACAGAAAACUACCUUAUUCUCCCAUCUGGAAAUCUGCAAAUUUUGAAUGUAUCUUCAGAUGACAAGGGAAUUUAUAAGUGUGCAGCAUAUAAUCCAGUUACUGAUGAUCUCAAACUUGAACCCACUGGACAUAAGCUCAUAAUCAGUAACUCUUCCGCAGCGGAUUUUCAUAUUCUUCAUCCAACCAGUUCUCAGGCAUUGGCAAUACCUCAACACAGAUCUCUGAUGUUGGAGUGUGUAGUUAGUGGGCUGCCUGUUUCUUAUGUUCACUGGUAUAAAGAUGGCAGAGAUGUGCUAAUUCAGAACAGAUGGAAGCUCUUUCAUUCGCACCUUACCAUUGAUUCUGUGGAACUGUCUGAUGCUGGAAAUUAUUCCUGUGUAGUCCAAGACAAUUCUGGAGUUGUGAAAUACGUUAACUACAGCAUAAAUGUGCUUGAACCCGCUUCUAUAUCGAGAGGAUUACAAAAUCAGUUAGUGUCUUGGGGCAAAAAUUUGCAUCUUUCCUGCGAAAUACAUGGAAAUCCUUUACCUAAUGUUACCUGGUACCAUAAUGGAAUUCCCGUCCAUCUUUCUUCCCGGCACUUUCCUUCAGGAAACAAGCUAAGAAUAAAUCAAAUUGCCCCAGAAGACACAGGAUUGUAUCAGUGUUUAGCAAACAAUGGCAUUGGAUUUUCACAGUCCACUGGGAGAUUUCAUUCCCAAGCAGACAAAAAUUCCAAGCCAAUUAUAACUUCACUGCCAGCCAAUACCAAAGUGAUAGAGGGCGACACUGUGUCAUUGUCAUGUAAUGCCACUGGAUUGCCUACCCCUGUAAUUCGUUGGUACAACAGGCACGGAAUAAUUACCACCCAUCCUUCACAGGUGCUCUACUCAAAGUCACAUAAGUCAUCCACCCAGGCAAGAAGUGGUAACUCCAUUGCAGACAGAGCCUACUACAUUAUGUCUCGCAGUGGAUCAAGUUCCUUAUAUAUUCAGCCUCUUACAGCAGAGCAUGCUGGGAAAUACAUCUGUGAAGCGACAAAUGAUUAUGGACUUGCUCGUUCAGAGACUUCCCUUACAGUUGUUCCCUAUGAAGCCAGUACAAAAGCAGCAGCUCCUCCUUCUGAAAUUGCCCAGAAUGAUGAUGGAGAUGGGGAUCUUGAUUCAGAAGUGAGCCUCCCCAGAAAGUCUCCGGCCGAGAUUCUUACUGACAAAACUGCUACAGAAAAAACGUCCAGUGGCAUUUCCCCACCCGAAGCGCCCAUCAUUCUCAGCCCUCCACAAACACUUAAGCCAGACCAGUAUAACCUGAUCUGGCGAUCUGGAAAGGAUGGUGGUCGGCCAAUCAACGUUUAUUUCGUGAAAUAUCGCAAGCUGGAUGGCAAUGUUACUAAUUGGUAUACAAUCCGUGUUCCUGGAAGUGAAAAUGAACUCAGUCUUACAGAACUGGAACCUUCCAGUCUGUAUGAAGUCUUGAUGGUUGCAAAAAAUGAUGCUGGUGAAGGGCAGCCUUCCAUGCUUACUUUUCGUACUAGCAAAGAAAGGUCAUCCUCCUCAAAAACCUCACAGACUCCCUCUCAACCAAUUGGCUUUCCUAAACAUUCUGUCAUUCAGGAAGGAACAACCAACAAUUUUGGCGUGGUCCUUCCAGAUUUGUCUCGACACAGUGGCGUUCCUGAGGCACCAGAUCGGCCCACUAUUUCAACAGCAUCGGAAACCUCUGUUUAUGUCACUUGGAUCCCGCGUGCAAACGGUGGAUCACCUAUCACUGCCUUUAAAGUAGAAUAUAAACGUGUUAACAGAAACAAUGAAUGGCUAGUUGCAGCGGAUAACAUCUCUCCAUCCAAACUUUCAGUGGAAGUUGACAAUUUGGAUCCAGGAACUGCAUAUAAGUUCCGUGUAAUUGCUAUUAAUAAUUAUGGGGAAAGCCCUCGAAGUUCUCCCUCUCGACCGUAUAAUGUGGCGGGCUUUACCAACCGAUAUUCCAACCGCCCCAUCGCAGGACCUCACAUUGCUUAUACUGAAGCAGUCAGUGACACCCAGAUCAUGUUAAAGUGGACUUAUAUUACUUCGAGUAACAACAACACACCUAUCCAAGGAUUUUACAUUUAUUAUCGCCCGACGGAUAGUGACAAUGAUAGUGAUUACAAGCGAGAUGUUGUAGAAGGUACAAAACUCUGGCAUUUGAUAAGCCACCUACAACCUGAAACAUCAUAUGAUAUUAAAAUGCAGUGCUACAAUGAAGGAGGAGAAAGUGACUAUAGCAAUGUGAUGAUAUGUGAAACCAAAGUGAAACGUUCACCUGGAGCAUCUGAAUACCCAGUGAAAGACCUUAGUACACCACCUAAUUUCCCUGAUCGUGGAAUUGGAAGCAAUGCAGGUCAACCAAAUGGUUCAGUCCGGAGUGGCAACAUGUUGUAUCUCAUUGUUGCCUGUGUCCUUGGAGGGAUGGUUUUCAUUCUGAUUGUCUUUAUUGCCAUGUGUUUAUGGAAGAACCGUCAGCAGAAUGCCUUGCAAAAGUAUGACCCUCCCAGCUAUCUCUACCAAGGUACGGAUAUCAAUGGACAAAUGGUUCAGUAUACAACUCUGCCAGGCACAAGCCACAUGAAUGGUGGCGUACAUGGAAACUUUAUCAGUAAUGGAAAACAUAAUAAUGGAUGCCUCCACCUCCAUCAUAAGGUUGCUAAUGGAAUGAAUGGGAUCAUGAACGGUGCUGUCAGUGGUGGAACCGGUGUUUAUCCGGGACAUUCUAACUCGCUCUCCAGAGCCCACAUAGAAUAUGAACACACCCAUCACAUAGGAAAUGGUGGUGACGUAUAUACCUCCGUCCCUCAGACAGAUCCUUCAGAAUAUGCCAAUUGCAGGAACUGCUGGAAUAACAACAGGUGUUUCACUAAAACCAGUGGCAAUUUUGGCAACAGUUCUGUACCGGUGAUGCCCAUUAUAGCACCUUAUCAGCAAGACAGUCUAGAAAUGAAACCAUUAAAUCACAUGAUUGUGGCCAUGUGCCUGGCAUCCACAGUCCCUGGAUGCAGCAUUGAGACUGAGGAGAAUGACAAGGAGAAGGCAGAGUCGCCAUCACAUCAGGACACUUGUGGCCAAGAAAAUGUGACCCCACUCAAUACAAGUUGUAUAUCAGAUCACAGUGGACGUUUGGAGACAUCUGAUGCCAGCUUGAACUGGAGCCCCCUUUUUCAUCGGCCGAUUUCAAAACACUGUCAUGAAAAGACCGAAGUGCUUUCAAACGGGGGUGUCACCUUGGACAGUUUGGGGGGACAUCAGCAGCUCCAAAUACAGGAGACUUAAAGAGAAAUGGCCUUCCUUGAUAAAGCCAGUAUCUGCCCAGCAGAAUUGCUGGAAGAGACGGACAACAAGAAUAUUAAUUAUUAGAAUCACUAUUUAU